AUGGGCGCCAGCGCAUCGACGAAGGCGCUGGGAGAGUUCGAUUCAGCGCUCAAGAGCUCGACUACCACUGGGAGGUUAGUGGUGACGCAUUGCGAGCUUCUGGCACUUCCACCUGAAACCCUCGAGCGCGCCACCCACCUCCGCGAUCUGACACUGGAAUACAUACAACUGCAAAAACUACCAGCCAGCUUCGGUUGUCUCGAGUUACUUGAACGCCUAUCACUCGCCGGUAACCAACUCGAGUCGCUGCCCCUAUCAUUCCAUCAACUUCAACGCCUUGAAGAGCUCGACCUGAGCAAGAACGCGCUGCGCUCUCUCCUUGGGAAUUUCUGCGAUCUCAGUGCACUGCGUCGACUUUUCCUGCAUGAAAAUGCUCUGGAGAAGCUCCCUCGUGAGUUCGGCGCACUCAGCAGUCUCAAAAUACUGGAUAUUCGGAGCAAUCAGCUUCGCCGGCUGCCAAAGUCGUUCCCAUGUCUUUCAAAGCUCUCUCGACUCGAUUUAAGUCGAAACAAGCUCCGUAAAUUACCCGACGCCUUCGGGAAUCUCAGCGCACUACGCGUCUGCAACCUCGGACGCAACCUGCUGCAGGAGCUGCCGGAGUUUAUCGGGAUGCUUGAAAGCCUCGAGGUGCUAAACCUGCAGAAUAACGCGCUGUUCAAGCUCGCUGCGUCUUUUGCAGAGCUCACGAAUCUCUCGAAUCUGUCGCUGACUGGAAACAGGAUCGAGUGUUUCCCUCGUUCACAACUAGGAGCUUUGAAGACGCUGGUCACGCUCACUUAUGCUCAGAAUCAACUGCGCCAGUGGCAACCAGGCGAGAGAAAUAUUCUUCUGGACGAAGACACACCAGACAAUGACGAAGUUGUAGAUAACGAAGAGGAAGAAGCUGUUGAAGAAGUCUCGAACGUGCCCACGAACCCUCUCGCAGAGUUGACCACAGUGCAGUACCUUGACUUGAGUGAUAACGCGCUUGUUGAACUUCCAACCCGAGGCUGGGAGUGUCUGACGGAGCUUCUUCACUUGAAGCUGGCUCGCAAUCGGCUCCAGGUGCUUCCCGCUGGGGUAGGAAAGAUACCACAGCUCCAGCGGCUUGACAUCGCUGGGAACAAACUCAAGAAGUUGCCUUCCUCGCUUUUCCGAAGUAAAACACUCGCGUACCUCGAUCUCCAGCAAAAUGCGCUGGAAGAAAUACCAGAGAAUGUUGGUGAGUGCGAGGCGCUCGUGCGCCUUGUAUUGACAAGAAAUCGCGGCUUGAGAGGGCUUCCGGUGAGUAUUUGCCGUUUUUCUCGUCUGCAGGAGCUCCGAGUGGACAAAUCCUGCUUCCUGGCGCUGGAAGACGAGCAAACGGUGUUUUGUCGUGGCAUCGAGUUCUUCUCAGCCGAGUAG